AUGUUCUUCCCAACCGGCCUCGUGGCCCUCAUCAUCACCCUCAUCAGCGUUUAUGCCCUGCGCCAGUCCGUCACGUCCAUCGGCAACAUUUCGAAAUAUGAGGAAAAAGCAAAGAAAGCAGCAGAAUGGAGCAACACGGCCAGGGACCGCCUCUGGGGCACGCGCUACACCAUAGGAACGGGCUUUGUCUCUUGCCUGGUGUCCCUGAUCACAGCCGUGGCCUACGUGCUCCUCGUCCCGUCCGGCUCCGGCAUCUUCGCCGCUCCGUUACGGACCAUCUGGCCCGCAGUGCUCGCCGUAGCCCUGCGCUUCGGUGCCAGCCGGUACAUGCACAACUUUUGGGCGACCAAGGCCAAGGUGCCACUGGUAGACCAGUACAACGCCGCGAUCUCCCAGAGCAUGGACGUAAUCGGUUUCUUGGACCUGCUUUCGGUCGGCUGGGCUGCUGUGGCGGUGCUCAAGGCGCUCUCGCUGUGA